AUGGCGGCCUCCAUGAUCUGCAGCCGGGUGUCGGCCGGCCUGAGGGGCAACGGUCUCCGCGCUGCGCUGGGCACUGCCACGGCGAAGGCGCUUGGUGGAAGUCCAGGAAUACUCAGUAAUCAUGGGUUUCAAGUGCAACAGCAACAACAGAGGAGGUUGUCACUACAUGAAUACUUGAGCAUGGGACUGUUGAAGGAGGCUGGCAUUUCUGUUCCACAUGGACUAGUUGCCAAGACACCAGAUGAAGCUUACAAAAUAGCAAAAGAAAUAGGUUCAAAGGAUCUUGUGGUAAAAGCACAGGUUUUAGCUGGUGGUAGAGGAAAAGGAACAUUUGAAGGUGGCCUCAAAGGAGGAGUGAAAAUAGUUUUUUCUCCAGAAGAAGCAAAAGAUAUCUCGUCCAAAAUGAUUGGAAAGAAGUUGUUUACCAAGCAGACCGGAGAAAAGGGCAGGAUAUGCAAUCAAGUAUUUAUCUGUGAGCGCAGAUAUCCCAGGAGAGAAUACUAUUUUGCAAUAACGAUGGAAAGGUCUUUUCAAGGUCCUGUGCUGAUUGGCAGUUCUCAGGGUGGUGUUAAUAUUGAAGAUGUUGCUGCAGAGAAUCCAGAUGCAAUAAUUAAGGAACCCAUUGAUAUUAUAGACGGCAUAAAAAAGGAGCAAGCUGUUAGGCUUGCCCAAAAAAUGGGAUUUCCUCCUAAUCUGGUGGAUGAAGCAGCUGAAAAUAUGAUCAAAUUAUAUAAUCUCUUUCUGAAAUAUGAUGCUACCAUGAUAGAAAUAAAUCCUAUGGUGGAAGAUGCAUCAGGAGUUGUGAUGUGUAUGGAUGCAAAGAUAAACUUUGACAGUAAUUCAGCCUAUCGUCAGAAGAAGAUCUUUGAUUUGCAGGAUUGGUCGCAGGAAGAUCAAAGAGAUAGGGAUGCUGCCAAAUCAGAUCUCAACUAUAUAGGAUUGGAUGGAAACAUAGGAUGCUUAGUCAAUGGUGCUGGUUUAGCUAUGGCCACAAUGGAUAUAAUUAAACUUCACGGCGGAACUCCAGCAAACUUCCUUGAUGUUGGUGGUGGUGCUACAGUGCAGCAAGUGACAGAAGCCUUUAAGCUUAUUACCUCUGAUAAAAAGGUACUUGCUAUUCUGGUAAAUAUUUUUGGUGGCAUUAUGCGAUGUGAUGUGAUAGCACAAGGCAUUGUUACGGCAGUAAAGGAUUUGGAGCUGAAAAUCCCUAUUGUGGUACGGUUGCAAGGUACACGAGUUGAUGAUGCCAAAGCUUUGAUAACAGCUAGUGGCCUCAAAAUUCUUGCAUGUGAUGACUUGGAUGAAGCUGCAAAAAUGGUGGUGAAGCUCUCUGAAAUAGUAAACUUAGCAAAACAGGCUCAGGUGGAUGUUAAAUUUCAGUUGCCAAUUUGAUCUGAGAGGUGUCAUGCCAGCAUCUAACAUGUUCUCUGAAAUACUGUCUCUUCUGUAUCUGGGAUAUUUUCCAUGUUUUGUGUGUGGAGGUUUCGAUUGUUUGACAGGCGCACAGACUGCUGUAUCUGCUCGUUAAUGUUACAAUGAGAAUGGUCAGAGUUCUUGUGCAAGCGUGUAUUGCUGAUAUUUAAUCCUUCCUAGUGGUUCUCAAGCCUCCGGUUUCCUCUGCAGAAUGUCACUUGCAAUUUACUUCUGCGUUGUCCAAAGUAAAGCUUCUGGUUGAAAAGUAAUGACUAUGAAUAAAUUCUGAAGUUACUUUGCUUGUAAAUUUGUAUUAGCCUUUGUCAAAAGUCAAUACGACUAGAUUAUCUUGUUGUCCGUGUGGAGAGAUGUAUCGAAACGGUAUUUUAUAUUGGAGACAGUUCUUCUUAGCAGUAUAAUGGAUGUGAGCAAACCCAAUCAUUAUUUAUGAACAGGUGCAUUUGAACUUGAUCAGAAACAUUUUUAGGAGUACUUCACUGAAGUGGCUGGUAACUCUUCUGGACAACGUGUUCAAUCACUACAAAGUAUACUGUAGCACUUAGAUUUUCACGAUUUCCGGACCUUGCGAAAAAAACCCAAAACCAUCAGUUAGUUUUCUAUAUGAACAAGCAUUUACUAAACUUCAAGGAGACAGAAUACAUAGAGUAUUAAAAUAUCUAUUGUACAUUGCUAAUGAAAUUGUACAUUAAUAAAAUGUAUCCCAAAACUCCUGCUCUGUUUUUCUUUAUGUGUCUCUGCUUGAAAUAAUUUGAUAUACUCCUGGAUUAAAGCAUGAUUUAAGACAGCAGACUAGAAGCUUUUUAUGACUAAAUUUUCAAUAGCAUGUAUGUUAAUUUUUUUCCUCCUUGAACUGCAUUGCAUGAUUAAAAACAUGUGAACUCUCUUGGUGUUGAAAAGCUUGGACAGAUACCUUGCAUGUAACAUGUUAUUAAAGUGGCUGUAAUUGAUCUCUGCACAUACAAAUAUGCAGGAAAAUGUUGGUUUGGGGGAAAAAUGCUGCUUCUACUAGCAAAUGUAGUAUUACCCAUUAAUUUUUGUUACCUUGAAAUGCUGUUGGUUUUUGGCAUUACAUAGAAUCUGGAUAAUGACCCUUUUAUCACUUAGUUUCCAAACAAUCUUAAAUUACUGUUACUCUUUAAUUUUUUUUUUUUGUUUGUAUUUUGUAGGAUUUUUAUUUUAAAUGCUAUUUUUGUGGCUAGUGAUAGUGUAGAUUUGCCAGCAAAUAGUGCCUUGUCCGUGGUGGGAUCUCAAAAUGGGAAAACAUAAUCCUAAAGGAUUUAACAGGAUUGUAGAAAAUGUUGGAAAGCUUACAGUCACACACAAUUUUGAGGUAGGUGGUGUGUUAAAUUAAACUUUAAUCUGGCAUGGUGUAUUUCAGUAUUUUUUUGCAGUACUAAAGAAAAUAACCAGAAAAUAAACUCAUUUUGAA